UUGGUCUUCUUGUCAUUUUUCUUGAGAGUCUUGUUGGGGUGAUGUCCAGUAGCUUUGUAAUAAUUGUCAUUAGUCUAGAGUUCAUCAAACGACAUCAAGUCAUCUCCAGCAAUAAGCUCCUCAUUCCAUUGUGCUUUUCCGCCACAUGUUUCAGCAUCAUGCUAGCCACCAAUAACAUCAUUGGUCUGGUCUCGCCUGAGAAGAGUCAGUUGGGUUAUGUUAUCUUCAUCUUCUACAUACUGAACAUGUACAGUAUCUCCUCCUGCUCCUGGUUGACCUCCUGUCUCUGCUUCUUCUACUUUAUUAAAAUUGCCAAUUUCAGGUCUGGCUGUCUAGCUUGGACCAAGAUGAAGAUUGACAGUAUAGUGUUAUGGAUGCUUGUGGUGGUGGAAGUACUGUCAUUAUGUGGACCUUUAAUAAAUUCUCUGAUUUUUGUCUUUUCUGCUGAAACUACCAUGAGCAGCAGCUCAAUGAUUAACAAUAUGACAGAAAGUAUGGAGAAGACAUCUAAAUAUCUUAACGUUAUCUUUAUUGUUAAUAUUGUGCCAUUUAUAGUCGUGAUGAUCACCACGGCAUUGACCAUUGUAUCUCUCAACUUGCACGUUCGUAAAAUGGGCAAAAAAAUAUCCAGCACUGCAAGCUUGGAGGUUCAUCGAAGAGUGGUAUGGACAAUGAUACAGCUCCUAAUCGUGUACUCAGUCUUUUAUUUAAUCCUAUUUCUCUUCUUUUUCUCAACAUUCACCCAAAUGGGUCUGGAGAACUGGUUGUACCUCAUACUGAUGUCCUUGUUCAGCCCAAUACAGUCUGCAAUUCUGAUACACAGCAAUCCCAAGUUUAUGAAAACCUGGAAAACUCUGUACAAGUCUGCUUCUUGCAUGAAAUGUCAUAGUGGGUAAUG